GGAGGUUGUUGCAGUGUGGAGGUGGCGAUGGAGCAAGAGUUGGAUCCCUCUCUCCCAUGUAGCCAGCGACUGCUUUCUGCAAUUCUCGCCAUGGAACCUUCCGAAUGCCUUAUCUCCCAUGCCAGGGAGUGUGGUGGAGGCUCAAUCACAGAGCAAGUUCAACAAUUCAUCUGGCACCAUUGCCUCUCCUCUCCUGGUGAUUUUCAUGUUCCUUACCUGAAGAAUUUCCUCAAGAAACUCAUCGCUCAAAUUGAGUUCGACCAUGGCUAUGUCUUGGACAGCUUAUACGAACUCUAUGCUCUCUAUAUGACAUCAUGCAAGGAUGAUAGUUUAGAGAAGGGAGAUGCCAGAGUCAGCAAAAUAAUUUCGUUUCUUUUUCCUGAUGGUUGUUCUGAACUGCAAAGUUGUCCACACUCUAGGGUACUGGUCUUUCCAUUGCAGUGUUCUCGGAACAUGCUUGAAGGUGGUACGGGUUGCUCAAUAUGGAAACCGGGUCUGUUUUUGUCUGAGUUCAUACUUUCUCAUCCAGAAUUAUUUUCUAAUAAAACAUGCUUCGAGGUUGGUUCAGGAGUUGGCUUAAUUGGAUUAUGUCUAGCUCAUGUGAAAGCUUCUAAGGUGAUAUUAAGUGAUGGUGACCUAUCAACUUUAGUUAACAUGAAGUUUAAUCUGGAGAUGAACCACCUGAAUGUCGAAGCUGGCAUGCGGCAAAGAAACAAUGACCAAAACAUGGUAAAAUGCUUGUAUCUGCCGUGGGAAUCUGCAUCAGUUAGUCAACUCCAAGAUAUCAGGGCUGAUGUUGUUCUGGGUGCAGAUGUGAUAUAUGAUCCUGUUUAUCAACCACAUCUUGUUCGAGUACUUGCCAUUCUUUUGAAUCCGAUGAAUUCGGAGUUUUGCAGACAGCAUGCAAGUUGUAAGGGCAUCUCCCCAAACAUUAAACAUGAAAAUUGUGAACAUAAUCAUGAACAUGCUAUUGACAUAUCUCACAGUAGAUUCAAAGCAAGCCAUGAUGAUGAUAGUUACAGCCAGCCAAAGGAAACACCGGUGGCUUAUAUUUCAUAUGUUAUCAGAAACAUUGAAACUUUCAACUAUUUCAUGUCCCUGGGAAGACAGGCUCAUCUUGAUAUUGUGGACCUUACUGAUUCAUUGAAGCCACUAAAUCUCCUCUGCUACAUGCAAUCAUACAAUCAAGCCAGUGUAAGACUAUUGCGUAUCACUGGCAAUAAUAAAAAUGGCUAGUAUCUUUUCCCUUUUUUUACUUAGAAGCAAUAACUAAUGAUUUUAGAUCAGGCUUAGGUUAUGCUCUAGAUCUAAUCUACUUCAAUAUUAACACUUUCAAACAAUAUUUCUCUUCUUUCUUUUGGA